ACGCGCACCUCCUAUUAUAUAACCUGUUCAACCUGUUUAUAGAUUAUGAUAUGAUUUGCUUCCUGUUGAUGGUAAACGUACGUAUAGUAGGCUGUAUCGAUUUUCUGGAUUGGUUAGUGAUUAAAUAAUGAUCUGAACACCAGUCAUCUAAGUAGAAGAGUUCACCGGACAAACAGAGCAUUGAAUACCGGUUUUCACUGCAUCAGUGUCAGAGGAAAGGCUGUUUGUGUUCUGAGAAUAUACACACCUUCUACAGUAGCCAUGGAAAAUCCUUCCUUUGACAUAGUACUCGAUGUGACCGCGCCUAGAUACAAACACGUUGUUUCUGUCGUUGAACGCCCCCUACACAGACAUGCAAAGAUGGGCAACCUAUCAGCCCUGCAGAGGCUAUUAGCUCAAGGUGCUGAUGUCAAUGAAACGGACGAACAUGGCGAUACAGCGCUCAUGAUUGCAGCAAGGAGUGGACACUGUGAAAUAUUGAAAUGGCUAAUGGACAAAGAGUCCAUUAAAGUCUGUCAUAUCAAUAACGAAGAAGAAGAUGUGUUCCAGAUUGCUGUUACAACUUCAGAUCAAAUCACUGUUUUAGAAACACUCCUCCAUGCAACGAAGAACGUUUCAGCAGAGGACCAAACAAACCCAAUGGUAAAAGCCAUUGCAUCUGCUUUAGCCAAAGCAGUUACCCUGGGUUUGAUUGACAAAAUUGAAAUCAUCUUAAAAUCCAAACCAAGCUUAAAUGUUUGCGACGAAGCUGGAAAUACAAUGCUCCACUAUGCAGCAAAGGCAGACAAGGAAGAGGUCAUAGUGAAGUUCGGUCAACAUUUAGACAUCAAUGUGAAGAACAGGGAAGGUGAUACUCCCCUUCAUGUGGCUUGCAGGGAUGGGCAUCAUGAAUCAAUUACCGCCUUGUUAAACGAGAGAGCAGAUCCCCGUCUUCAGAACAGUGUAGGGGAUUCAGUGUUGCAUUGUUUCAUAAGGGCAACAGCUGUCAUCCAGGGACAGGACGAGAAAUAUGGGCAAGUGUUUGAUAUAUUGGUUGACAAAUGGACCAAAUGGUACAUGAUGGGAACUACCCACCAUGACCCUGAAGAUCACAAGAGACAAGCAGUGUACAGUCUGAUCAGGGAGACAAAAAAUGAGAAUCAAGAAAGUUCCAUGUCUCUUGCGUUUGAGAUGGGAGCUGUUGAAAUAAUUAAGAAGCUUCUAUUCAUCCAGGGAACGACUUAUAUGAGACAUCCUUCGCAAGAACAGUAUGACGUCACUGACAUCACUCCCAUAACUAAAGGAUCAGAUAAAUCCAGAGGGUCAUGUCUCGAGCUUCUACUCGAACACAACUCCCAUGAAACCAUUGCUCAGGUUCUUGACAUUGAACCCAUGAAGAAGAUUGAGAAAGUUUACACUUCAACUACGACUUUUAUUUAUUUUAUAAUCAUUUUCCUCCAUACUGUGUACAUGUCUGUGUUCAGUUAUUCCAGCUCAGUCCUCAUGGACAAGCUGAGGACGUCACCUAAUGACCAUUCCAUGGACACAACUACCAUCAUCUUCUACAGUGUAACACCAAUCGAGCCUGUAUGCUUCAUCUUAGUGUUGGUACAUAGGUUCCAUUGCUCAAAGCACCCUUGGUCUGGGUCCAGAUUUCAAGCGCCGGGGACAUUUAUGCUUGAGUGUUUCUCCAUAAUACACCAUGUCAUAUAUUCUCUGUUGGUUACUGCAAUGCUUUAUCAAUACUAUACUCAGGAACUGUACAGUAUGCGUAACACACUGUCCAUAACAUUGCUCAUUGGAUGGCUGACAACUCUCAGUUUCACUCAAGGACUUAAGCCUAUCAGGUUCUUCUGGAGGAUGAUCCUACAUAUGAUAAUGGUGGAUGUCUACAAGAUCUUGUUCGUGUAUGCCUUUGUGCUUCUGAGUUUCUCAUUUGCCUUACAUGUGCUUUUUCAGAUCUCGACAGCAAUCAUUCAGAUCUAUCCAACCCCAUUUCAUACAAUGUUCCUCGUGUUUAGACUUAUGUUUGGAAUGACUGCUUUUGAUGACAACUUUGAGAUCAACAUAAAGAAAGCUGGUGGCUCCCUAGCUCUGCCAAUCAUCCUUUUCGUGACAUAUAUCGUUCUUGCUUCUAUCAUCCUGCUGAACCUUCUCAUUGCAAUGAUGAAUACAUCCUAUUCGGACAUUCUUACAAAUCUGCAGCUUUCCCGAAGGAUUGAAACCUUCAAACGUUCGAUUCAACUUGAAAGAGCUGUCCCUUUUUUGACAAAGCUAUUCAACAAAGCUCUUAUCAGAUGUGGCGAAUUUGAUAAUCAGAAGAAACGGUUUGUAGAACAGCGAGACGGGCAAUUGUGGUAUUUGCAGGUUCCACGAAGAAUAGUGAAGAAACCGAGGUUAACACAUAAAGCCGACCUGACCCUUGAACAGAUGCUGACACAGAGAAUCGAUGCCCUGGAUGAUGACUUUAAAGAACAUUUACAACAGAUACACAAAACUUUAGAGAACAUUCAAAAGGAACUCGUUUCUAGACGAACGCAUGAAUGAUGAGUUGUUAGUCGUUUACACCACAGGCAACAAUAGUGAGCUUAUCAAGGCAGAGUCGAUAACACAGUCUGUAUCAGGCAAGGUUCUGGCAACAUGAGCAUCCACUUAACCAGGGAGGCCACGACAGCUUGUGCAAGUUCUAUCGAUCGUUCGUCGGUAGACGAUGGUCUUUGUUGGCAGUUUGGUGCAAGUGUCUUUAAAGUUCCAUCAUUUCGUGUCAUCUGACCAAAAAAUGUUCCUGAAUGUAAAUGUAUUGACCUAAAUAAUUUAGCCAUUUUGGAGUGCUUAAAAAUUGAUUUCUCUAUUUCGACAUUGGUUUGCAUAUAUUUCUGUACUGAAAAGGACAUGAAACAUGUACAAAGGACAUAUGUAGAUAUUUAGAAUUGUCAUCAUUUACGUGAAAAGUAUGGUUUUCAAAGCAACUUUGGAUAUAUAUUUCUGCAACGCAUAAGAGACAUGGCGCAGUUAUCUGUGAGAUCAAGUUACGGCCAUCAAGGACGCUGAAGUAUGUGCACAAACGUGUAUGCACUACCUCACAUAAAGUGUCCUGAAGGUUUAUUGUACCCAACCAAGGCUACUUUUGAAAACAACCCCAGUAAAAUGUGAUUAAUACAGAAAUCUACGAGGAUACACGUUGUACCAAUAGAACAACAGAAAACAGGCCAGGCUAGGCUCUGUGAUACGAGAGAGUAGUUUGGUGAGAAAGCGCAAAUCUGAAGGGUUGUUCUUCGGUUUUUCAACGUUCCUCUUGUUAAUUUGGUUUGUCAUACGGUGGUUAAAAUCUGCAUGUUUCAGUCACUGAAAUGUGGGUAAUAGGCUCUGAUUUUAUUUUUUAUUGUUGUCUACUUUUCAAGUUAAAUCAUUAAAACCCAUGAGAAUAAAAAUGCAACAAUGUUUUAGAUUAUGUUUAUAAGCAUGAAUACACUCUCAAUCUCUAAAGUGGAAGCAUAUUUUGUAUUUACUCGUUUUAUGUUGCAGUAUAUUUUUUUCUUCUGGUGAUUGUAAGUGGCAGCAAAUUGAUUAAAGCGCUAAGAAAAUACCGGGUGGAGUAGCAGUGACGUAAACAGCGAGUAAUUUAGAGUUAACGCCUUUAGUUGUGAUAUUUUACAGCUAUAGAUUCACCUGGAAUCAGACUUUUCGAGACUUCCUAUGAGACGGCAGUUUCAAGAAAGAUGGUUGCAGAUUUAUUAGUGCAGGAUAGGGCCUUCAGCGAUUUCACUUCAACUUAUCUGUUUGUCCAGUGCAGGCGGGAUUUCAAUUGGAUACCUACUGCUCUCAACAUUGUUUCAUCUUUUUAAACAAGCAUGGGCUGAUGAAUACCAAAUUUAAUCCGUAUCUUCAUGGGUUCACCCAACUUAUGACCAAGGUUCAAUAGCCGGUAUUGCCUGUAACUUCUUAUUUCUUAGUCCUUAUAAUGAACGGUCUACUUAAAGCCCACCUGUGUUGAUGACUCAUUAAUUGUGUUGUUUAUCGCGGGGAUAUGAUUUGAUAUGUUGAAUACUAGUACUUAUGUUUUUCAACCGGUCAAGAUAUGUCGUGUAUUUGAACUGGCAGGUCGUGACCAUGUUCAUUUUGAGAAUUUAUUCAGUGUUUCAAUUGCCACAUUGAGGCUUGUUUCAGAACUAUCUAGAUAUAGAUGUGUAUCAUCAGCAUAUUGUCCAAGUUUCUGUUCUAUAUCAUUUAGUGUUAUUGCCAUUUAUGUCAGGGUUUGACCUUAUCUUAAUGCCUCAUAUUUCAACUGCAAGGAUCAAUAAAUAAGGUGAGACCGGAUCUCCUUGUCUGCUUCCCCGUACCUGAUGGAAAAAGGAAGAUAUGUUCCCAUUUUGUAUCACAGCUGCUGUAUUAUUACCAGUCAGAAUUUGAAUCCAUUUGAUAAUAUUGGGCCCAAAUCCAAACGCUUUCAUUACCUGUAUUAUAAAUAUUUUGGAUUUAAUAUCAAAGGCCUUUUCAAAACCUAUUAGUACUAAUAGUCCGGGUUUAUUUCAUUUUCUGGUUUCAAAGACAAUAUCAUAGAGAAGUCUUAUAUUUUCACUGAUACAUCUCCCAGGUAUAACCUGUUUGAUUCUCAUGUACAACUGUAUCUAAUGUUGAUUUAGUCCUGUUUGCUAUGCAUGUGCUAUUAUUUUGUAAAGGGAGUUUAGUAAUGAAAUAGGUCGCCAGUUUUUUAGACAUUUUCCGUCUCUAUUUGGUUUAGGCAAACAAGUAAUAAUUCCCCUGUUCAUUGUAAUAAUUAAUUCAUUAUUUGCAAAGGUUUCAUUUAUAUAUCUAUAACCCCAUGGGCCUAAAUCUCUCCAAAAGAACUUGAAGAAUUCAAUGGGGUAGCCAUCAAUUCCUGGGCUUUUAUCAUUCUUCAUGGAAAAAACAGCUUUAUUAAUUUCUCCUAAGCUUGGAAUGUUAAUAGUACUAAAAUCUAUAUAAUUUUCUUCCUCCUGUGGGUGCAUCUCUCUAUACAGAUUACUGUAAAAUGGUUUCAGUUCAUCCAAAAUACCACUACCAUCUGUAAUCAGAUCGCCGUUAUCUUUCAUAACACUACUUAUAAGGCUACUAACAAAACUCCUGUUUUCUAGGUGACAAAAAUAGCUGGUCGGAUUUUCACCUUCUUCAUACCAUUUGUUUAUUUUUAGAAAUUGAGUUCUUCUUACAGCUUCCUUAUUAAUUUGUUCUCCCAAAAAAUUCUUAGUACCUAAUUGGCCUAUAUAUUUUUCACUUAGAUUGUUAAAGUCGCUUCUUAUAUUU